CACGCCCACGGAAUUGUGGCAGAACUGUGGUGCCAUAAGGCAGUGCUCCGAACGAAGGGUUGAUAACGACGGUCUCGUCAGUUUGAGUGUGAAACAAGUGAGAGUCGUUAUGUCGCUACGCCUCUCCGCAUGUUGCAGGCAAAGCUCAUGAAGGUAGUAGCGCGUUAAGGGUGAACCAAUUCAUCAUGAGGCUCCUGUGUAUGGUAAUGGUAGCCCUGGCGGACUGGAGCGCCUGGGCUGAUACCGUCAGGACCUGCCAGCCGGAGGACUUUCACUAUGAGUUUACUGAGUGUGAUGACGACGGUGGACGAUGGCGAGUGAGUGUGCCCAGCCCAGAUACAUGUGAGGGCGGUGCCCCCAACCCCCCUAAGCGCACACACGACUGUAGUGUAUCGUGUGACCCAGGCUGGUUCUUCAACUUGUCAGAGUUGGAGUGUGCAAUGUGCCCAAGCGGCACCUACUCCCUGGGUGGUGGUGUGCGCUUUGACUCAUGGGAGGAUCUACCAAAGGGUUUCAUUUCCCACACUGAGGUCUUCAGAUCAAUCUUUACUGUGGGGAGAUGGCGUGGAGAUGUGGAUUGUAGUGAGUACGGUUGGCAGGCAAAAGGUGACGUACUGGCCAGUAAAGGUGGACAGUGUGCAGCUGUCCUUGUCUACACUGUUAAGCUUGUCAAACCUGGAGCAGUUUCGUACACUUACCAGUACACUGAUGAAGACAUUAUGUUUGAGUUUCAGGCUCAAGAUGAAGAAUGUCAGAACAUUGUUGAAGGAAAUGGCUACAGGUGGUUACCAGUCACCCGCGAUGGUCAGUGGCAGACUCGCACUGUAAAGCUGAACCCUGGACUUAAUGUAUUACAUUGGAAGACCAUUGGUAUUGAGGCCCGUGGCUCAUCAAGACCUGUAUUGAUCAAGAGCAUCCAGAUCAGUGGUGUGGCUCACUCAUCAGAAUGCACUCCAUGUCCUGAUGGCACAUUCAGUGGGCCUGGAGCUCAUGAGUGUACCGAGUGUAAAGAGGAUUUCUACGCUCCUCGGGGUUCUUCGGUGUGCUUACCAUGUGACCGAGUCACUCACUAUGCACCAAAAGGCUCUCCAGUGUGUCUUCAGCGACCUCCAUGCACAUCACUAGAUUAUUAUGAGAUAGACUCAGCAUGUGAUGAGAAGAAUCAGACCCGUGCUGUUUACACAUGGGUUGACCCUCAAGUAUGCAGGGAACAAGUGAAGGGCUCAGUGUCACUGCCUCCAUCUGGAGAAGUCAAGACUUGCCCACCAUGUAAUCCAGGAAUGCACUACACCACCGGGCUCGGCUGUUUAUUCUGCCCAAGGGAUGAACAUAGUGAUGGAGUGUCACCAUGCAAGCCAUGUCCUCCUAGCACAGCACCCAAUUAUGGCUACCAGUAUCAAUGGUGGACUGCCAUUCCACCACAGAUGGCUGCCACCUGCAUGCCUGCUGAUGAGGUGGGAUGCAGCAAAUCCGAUGGUUGGCAAGUUGGUGGAGAAUAUAUACACUCUGGGCGAGGCCAUGCAGAUGAUGCCUACCUUGUUCUUAGCCUUAAGGUUGGGGGAUUUCGUGGACGUGAAGGUUUUGUCAGCGGUAUGCCAAUGGAAGUGGGCCGCAUCUCUUUCACUUUUGAACUGAAAUGUGCCUCAGACUGCAAGUUUGUUUUUAUGGAAGCUUCUACCAAGAAGAGUGCAACAGUUCUUCAACAUUGGUCGGGAAAUUUACAUCGCCAGUACUACAGUUACUUGAUAACAAGAAAUGAUACCUACACUUUCUCAUGGGCAUUUCAGAAGGUAGCAUGGGAGAAAAGUUACUUGAAAAAAGAGUCAUCACGUAUGUUUGAGGGGGACAUGGCAAAGGUGUUCAAUAUCAACGUGACAAAUACCAUUGAUGGUGGUGCUUCAUCAUGUCUUCCCUGUCCUCAAGCCCCAGCUGCUUCAGGGUGUAUCCCUUGCCCAGCUGGCCACUAUAUAGAGAAUAACACGACUGAGUGCACCCGCUGCCCCCCAAACACUGUAGUGACAGACCCACUGCCAUAUGGCCAUCAGUCCUGCCUCCCCUGUGGCCCAGGUCUCACUGCUCCAGACCAUCUCUCCUGUAUUGUUGAGUGUCGCUUAACUGUAGACAACAGAACCUACGACUUAACCAACAUUAGCAAUGCACGAGCCACAAUGGGUAGCACACUGUUUACAUCAUCAGGAACCAAGUUCUUUCACAUGUUUAACAUCUCACUGUGUGGGAACACCAGUGUCACCUGUGCUAACAAUGUCUCCUACAGCAUAGAGGGUGAAAGUACUUCUGUUACAUCACGGGUGUGCCGGUCUACUGUUGUACCAAAGAUGGAAGGCUUAUACGGCCCAGGAAGGAUUGAAGCCGUAGCUACACAGUCCGUCACACUUGGUGAUCACUUAGUGGGUGUCUCUAUCAAUACCACUCUCAUGGACAUAACUGUCAUAGAGGAAUUUCAACUACCUAAUAAUUCAUUAAAAAAAGAUUUACAUUUCUUCUACAAAACACCAUUAUCAACUCAUGCGUGUCCUAAGGGCAGAAGUACAACAGUAACCUUGCGCUGCAGUCCUGAUGACCCGGGUGAGGGGAAAGUGACCCUGCCUCACCAGUGCCCUGAUGGUACCUGUGAUGGAUGCAACUUCCACUUUCUCUGGAGCACUGCGCUUGGCUGCCCUGAAUGUUCCAAAGAUGAUCUGAUUGUGGUACAUGGAGAGUGUGGGGCUGGGAAGCAGAAAGUGCACUACAUUGCUCCCAAGAACUGUCGUGCUCCUGAUGAUAUUACUGGAGGCCAAUUUGUACCCUGUACUACCAGGUUACCAUUCCUUGUGGAGGUAAUCGUCUUGAGCACAGUUAGUAUGGCCUUGAUGUUGUGUUUGCUUCUCUUCUGUCUGUGGAAGAAGAAUCAGCGUCUGGAGUACAAGUACAUGAAGUUGGUAGCCAGUGCUUCAUCAAAGGAUGGGAUAAUUGAACUGCCACCAGCUGAGUCAUGUGCUUUGGAUGAUGGUGAAGAGGAGGAGGUGCAAUAUGCACAGAAUCCACCACGAGGCAUCCUCAGUAAACUUAAACACAACAAAAUAGCUGAGAGAACAAAGUAGGGAGCAAACAGAGCCAACUGAAGGUCGUGGGUUAAUGAUGGAGUCAAUGAUACUCUCCUCCAAAGAUCCCUUAACAUGAUUUAUGUAUUCUCUGCUGUACUCAAGAUCAAGAAUUUUCAUUUUGUGUGGAAAAUUGUAAGUGAUAUGGGCUGAAAAUCAGAAAUGGAUUGACCUCCUCAGCCCAAUACAAUGAAGGCCAAAAGCUUCUUGUUAUGUGAAUUUCAUUAACUAAAGCUGUUAUGCACUACUAUACUAUACUGUAUGUACAUACAGUGCUUAUAUGAACUCAGUAAGGUCCUGACAAACAAGAAUAUACACAAAACUUUAAUUAAUUAAUAAUCUCUGAGUGUCUAACUUAAUAAAACAAAUAUGAAGUACAGUACUGUAUAGUUCUAUAGUGCGCUGCAGUGUUAUACAGUAUGGGAAUAAAAAUGUAAACAAAAAAUUACAUAAACCUGCAUUCAUAUUUGAUUUACAACGAGUUUUAUUUGUUUACAAAUUAAGGUAUACUGCUGUACUGUAUUAAGAGUUUGCAUUACUGCAUCAUUAGAUGAAAUGUUCAUUAACAAAAGAUUAUCUUACUUUAAAGCUUUUCAGUGUAUAUAAUUGGAAUUUUGCACCAAAAGUACUACAGGUAUUUUAUAUAUAUAUAUAUAUAUAUAUAUAUAUAUAUAUAUAUAUAUAUAUAUAUAUAUAUAUAUAUAUAUAUAUAUAUAUAUAUAUAUAUAUAUAUAUAUAUAUAUAUAUAUAUAUAUAUAUAUAUAUAUAUAUAUAUAUAUAUAUAUAUAUAUAUAUAUAUAUAUAUAUAUAUAUAUAUAUAUAAAAUUAGGUGGCUUUCUCCUUGUAGAAUGAGUCAUCAUAAACAAGUGCAGUGUUGUGUAUUUAUCACCUGUUGUAACUACUUGCAUCAGAUAAGUUGGAGUAACAGAUUAUAUAUCCAUGGAACUGGUAAAACUACUCCCACUAACUGCCACACAAAUAAAACAUCAUAAUUUUUUUACACACACAUACAACUCAAAAUGAUGUAAAAGAGGUAAAAUAUUAACUAAAAGAGGAGUCAGAGAGACACAUCUCUCCUCAGGGAAGUUGGUGAGUAGAGUUACUGUGAACCUGAUGUAAGAUAUUGUCAAAUAUUGCUGUAGCAAUAUAAUUCUUCUCACUCCUCUUUCUUUGAGCAAACUCUGGCCUUUUGUCUCUCAUUCUGAAUAAUGACUGUUAAGGAGUAAUGAAUGGUCUUUGGAUUACCACUCAUCAUUGUGGCCUCAGGAUUUACUGUACUGUAGUGGGGAAAUGCUCCAGGUUUAGGCACACACACAUUCCUGGGUUACUUCAAACUGGUGUGCAAUUAUGAAAUGAAAGAUGCAACUUAAGCAAAUAGCAAUUGGUACAAUACUGUACCAUAAACCUUUCGCACAACUGGAAGGGGGUGAGUGAUAAAAAUCGGUAACCACAUUAGAGCAACACUUUGUGGGGUAAAAUUCACUGUGAUGUGUAUGUAUUUGUUUUACUUAUGAAAACAGAUAAUUACAAUAAAAUAUGAUUUUGAGCUCUAAUACAGCAGUCCUUACCAUCUCCUAAAUGUUGAUCUAUAUUAUACAGUACUCAAUACAUUAUUGAUUUCUUUAAAUUUAAUAGAGCUGUAAGUAAUAUAGGGAUAAAUGUUUAGUACAGUUCAGUAUCUGUACUUGGUUGAAAGCACAAGAAUUUAAAUUUAAAAGCUAGUUUUUUUCAAACAUUGUACAGGUUAUAGGACUGUAGUGCAAUAUUAUUUUUCAGUAUUUUGUGUGAUGACACGUACCAUAAUUUCAGUACUGUACCAUAUUACCACUUGGAUGCCCUAUGGUUAUUGUAAAAUGUACAUUUUCUCUUUUUAUUCUCAUUUUGCUGAGGUAUUUAAUUAACACUCUCUUUACUGCACACCAAAACUGUGGCACAAUGCAUACAUCCCCCCAAAAAAAAUAAAAAAAUCAUAUUGCUGUGAAGAAGAGAUAACACUCAAUUUAUUUAAAUAUUACUUUGCAAUGAGAUCAUGUUAUAUCCCAAAGGCUUUCAAUCAAAGGGCCAUAAUACUUACUCUGUCAUCCGAGGGUAACAGGUAAACGAACUCAUGUGGAGAAAGUUAAUUUAAUUAUUGAGAAUCAGGUAUUUAAUCAUUAAUGUCUUAUGUUAAAAAUUAUCUAGGAAUAAACUACAGUAUAGUCAUGGCAUAAAAAUUUGAUUGAUGACAGUAUAGAAUAUCUGUCAUUUCCCUUUUUUUCUAUGUAUUGUACUGUACAGUGUGGUACUGUAAAUUUAAAGAUUUUCAUUAAUGAAGCUUGAGUAAUGCCCCUUUCAACAAACUCAGUUGCUGUAUCCCAAACCCUCUUAAAAUCAUGAACUAUAAACUGUAUUAAAGAUGUCUGUACAGUAUAAAAUGCUUACUGUUCAAAAUGACAGUGAGGCUUAUUUUCUUCAUGUCAUUUUCAGUUGUCAGAUUGUUUUCCUCACUAACUUAGACAUGGCAUGUGUAAGAGGUCUCAUGGCAUUUCAAGUCUUCUACACUGUAGAUAUCUACAGUAUUGUGUCAAAGCUCACUACAUGUGUUUUUGCAACAGUUUAGUGAUAAAGCAAAUCAUACCUUGCUCAAUGUAAUAAUUUCAAUCAUUCACUAUCCAAGAUAUUCUGUUUCUAGAACAGAGAUGUGUUUAUUUCCAAACCAAAUCUUUAUUGGUAAAAUUUCCAAGUAAGAUAGUUAUUUGAGCUUUU